AUGCCCAUUGCGUUGCUCACAUUGCAAGCAAAGAAAAACAACUUGAAGGGCAUAGGUGUUGGCAAAUCAGCUCUUACUAUCCAAUUCAUUCAAUCUCAUUUUGUUGACAAAUAUGACCCUACUGUCAAAGCCCUGAUUGCAUUUCAAUCUUCAGACUCUUAUUGUCAACAGUGUGUAAUCUAUGAGGAAGUUGCACUACUGGACGUUCUCGAUACCACUGGCCAGGAAGAAUAUUCUGUGGUGAGAGAACAGUAUAUGAGGACAUGUGGUUUUUCCACAACCACAAUACAACGGGGCCAAAUGUCACAGCCCGUUGAGCAACGCACCGGGCAACUGCCUAUUCCGGUGUGUUGCGCUGCUUUCCGGGGUAUUGCACGUUGCUCAAUGUUUCUGUAA